CGCCCACCCAUCCGGAGCGAGAGCCGCGCCGCAGGAGAGGCAGGCUGGGCCGGGGGCUGCCCGGGCCCGCGACCCCCGCCGUGACCCCGCAGCCCCCAGCCCGCCCCCAAGAUGAUGAAGAGGCAGCUGCACCGCAUGCGGCAGCUGGCCCAGACGGGCAGCUUGGGACGCACCCCGGAGACCGCUGAGUUCCUGGGUGAGGACCUGCUGCAGGUAGAACAGCGGCUGGAGCCGGCCAAGCGAGCAGCCCACAACGUCCACAAGCGGCUGCAGGCCUGUCUGCAGGGCCAGAGUGGGGCAGACAUGGACAAGCGGGUGAAGAAGCUUCCCCUCAUGGCUCUGUCCACCACGAUGGCCGAGAGCUUCAAGGAGCUGGACCCUGAUUCCAGCAUGGGGAAGGCUCUGGAGAUGAGCUGUGCCAUCCAGAACCAGCUGGCCCGCAUCCUGGCCGAGUUUGAGAUGACCCUGGAGAGGGACGUCCUGCAGCCACUCAGCAGGCUGAGUGAGGAGGAGCUGCCAGCCAUCCUCAAGCACAAGAAAAGCCUCCAGAAGCUCGUGUCCGACUGGAACACACUCAAGAGCAGGCUCAGUCAGGCAACCAAGAAUUCAGGCAGCAGUCAAGGCCUGGGAGGCGGCCCGGGCAGUCACAGCCACACGACUAUGGCCAACAAGGUGGAGAUGCUGAAGGAGGAGGAGGAGGAGCUGAAGAGGAAGGUGGAGCAAUGCAGGGAUGAGUACUUGGCUGACCUGUACCACUUUGUUACCAAGGAGGACUCCUAUGCCAACUAUUUCAUUCAUCUCCUGGAGAUUCAAGCUGAUUACCAUCGCAGGUCACUGAGCUCUCUGGACACAGCCCUGGCUGAGCUGAGGGAGAACCAUGGCCAAGCAGACCACUCCCCGUCGAUGGCAGCCACCCACUUCUCCAGGGUGUAUGGGGUGUCGCUGGCAACCCACCUGCAUGAGCUGGGCCGGGAGAUUGCCCUGCCCAUUGAGGCCUGCGUCAUGAUGCUGCUUUCUGAGGGCAUGAAGGAAGAGGGUCUCUUCCGUCUGGCUGCUGGGGCCUCAGUGCUGAAGCGUCUCAAGCAGACGAUGGCCUCGGACCCCCACAGCCUGGAGGAGUUCUGCUCCGACCCACACGCCGUGGCAGGUGCCCUCAAGUCCUAUCUGCGGGAGCUGCCAGAGCCCCUGAUGACCUUCGACCUCUAUGACGACUGGAUGAGGGCAGCCAGCCUGAAGGAGCCAGGGGCCCGGCUGCAGGCCCUCCAAGAAGUGUGCAGCCGCCUGCCCCCCGAGAACCUCAGCAACCUCAGGUACCUGAUGAAGUUCCUGGCACGGCUGGCCGAGGAGCAGGAGGUGAACAAGAUGACACCCAGCAACAUCGCCAUAGUCCUGGGACCCAACUUGCUGUGGCCACCUGAGAAAGAAGGGGACCAGGCCCAGCUGGAUGCGGCUUCCGUGUCUUCCAUCCAGGUGGUGGGUGUCGUCGAGGCGCUGAUCCAGAGUGCAGACACCCUCUUCCCUGGAGACAUCAACUUCAACAUGUCAGGCCUCUUCUCAGCUGUUACCCUCCAGGACACGGUCAGUGACAGGCUGGCCUCUGAGGAACUUCCACCCACUGCUGUGCCCACCCCAACCACCACCCCGGCUCCGGCUCCAGCUCCAGUUCCAGCCCCAGCCUUGGCCUCAGCAGCUACCAAGGAAAGGACAGAGUCUGAGGUACCCCCCAGACCAGCCUCCCCCAAGGUCACCAGGAGCCCCCCGGAGACAGCUGCCCCGGUGGAGGAUAUGGCUCGGAGGAGCACCGGGAGCCUGGCCGCUGCGGUGGAGACGGCCUCGGGACGCCAGGCCCUGGUGGUGGGCAAGCCCAGCCCCUACAUGUUCGAGUGCAUCACAGAGAGCUUCAGCAUCGACCCCGCACGCACACUUAUGGUGGGUGACCGCCUGGAGACCGACAUCCUGUUCGGCCACCGCUGCGGCAUGACCACUGUGCUCACACUCACAGGAGUCUCCCGCCUAGAAGAGGCCCAGGCCUACCUGGCGGCUGGCCAGCACGACCUCGUGCCCCAUUACUAUGUGGAGAGCAUCGCAGACUUGACAGAGGGGUUGGAGGACUGAGCCCACUGCACCUGCAGCCACAGGCCCGCCCCUCCCCACGCCCUGAUCCUGUAGGGGGAGGCGAUGGGUCACGAGCCGUGUUACACACCACCGGCUCCUUGGCCCAGUUCUGCACCGGGGUGGGGCUGGGACCUGGGGAAGGUUUGAAGGCCCUUGCAACCCCCUCCCAGCAGUGGCUGGGCACUCUUUGCUGCCCCAGAAGCUGGUCCCCUACAGAUUCAUCUUGGCCUGACCCAGCUAGGUGGACUUAUUUCCUGCCCUGUCACCUCCCCUCCUUGAAAUCUGGGCCCUGGUGCCCGCGGAAGAUUUCCUCUAGCCCUGAGCACUUAGUCUUCUCCCCCUUCCCUGGGUCUUCUAGAGCUCUCUCUGCCCCUCAGGUCCUGGCCUUUGGGUCCUUGUCAACCAGAGGUCUAGGGAACCACAACCCUUAUUGUCCUGAGUGCCGGCAAAGGCUAAGUGAUAGUGACCUCAUCGAUGUUGGGUCCUGUGGGGUACCAGUUUAGGUUCCUAAGUAACAGUGACCCUUUUUGUCCUAAAGCCCAAGUGGACCAAUCGGAAGCCUAAGUGACGAUGACCCUCGCAUGUCCUAGGUCCCUGGGUGGACCCGUCAGGACCCCAAGUGAUAGUGACCCAGUGGUCUUUUAGAUCCUCAGUAGAACAAUCCAGAAGCCUAAGAGACAGUGGCCCCUUGAUAAUCUGGGUCUCACGGGACCAGCCAGGGGUCCAGGUUUCAGUCCGUAAAUAACAGUGGUCCAUGUCCUGAAGACACCCCUCCUCUACAAAGACUGAUGCUCUGGGGCUUCUGUGGCCAAGCCCCACCCUUUCCUGGUCAUGGUACCCGUACAGUGUUGAUGGCCACAGCUCAAAGGGGGGCUUUCAUGUCUCCCUGUGCAGUCAGUGUUUGCAGUACCACCUCUCUCCCGUGCCCACUCUCAGCUAUUUAUUUAAUUUAUGUGUGCCAGUGACGGUGGGUGGGGGCUGGGCCUUCCCCGCCACCUCCACCCCUGUUGUGACCUGUCCUUCCGUACUUAAUAAAGUGCGUGUGGGAGUGUUCA